AUGUUCGGUAUUUCAUCUUUGCCCUACACACAUUCCGAAGAAAGUGUGGAAUGCUAUCUUCAAACUCGUAAACGGCAGCGAAAAGAAUUUCUCAAGAGAAGAUGCUUGAAGGACCCCAAGUUUCGUGAGAGAUGUUUAAGGGUUAGAGUAGUACGAAGAUUACAAAUUCGUCCUGUUAGCCUGAUGUACGCUGCUGCAAUUCAAAAAAAAGCAAUUUACAACAAUCGGUACCCUGGAGAAGAUAUGAGCGCAUAUGAAUCUUGGACAUGGUCGGAAUGA